AUGCCUCAUAAUACCAGCAAAAGACCGGUACCACAGGAGCCAGAGCAACAGGGAGCUAUCGCAGAUUGCCUUUCAGGUUCAGCUCCAUUCAGAUAUGCAGCCGUUCUCUCAGCAGAGGCCCCGGAAGCCACCUCGCCAGCGUCAGUCAGGGAUAACGGUAGCGACGACGACGACCACACCAACAACAACAGUGAUGAUAAUGGUGAUAACGAUGAUAGCAGUGACGGCGGUGACGAUGACAACGACCCUGCGGGACCCACAACCGGUGCCGUUGCCAUUGCCGCUUCCAGGCACAUCACCAAGAUUUCCAGAGUCGAGAGAGCAUCACAAGUCGUCCAAAACGCACAGUUGGACAAGAAUGGUCGCAAUACGAUCCACGUCCCACCUAGCCUUUCAACAAUGGAGAACUAUAUGAAGGCUCUCACGUUCUUGUGGAAAUAA